AUGAGUAUUUUCUCAUUACUCACCGGUCCGAAGCUCUACAGCAAAUUCAACGACAUGUCAUGGCAACCAAAUAUGCUCGAAACGAUAUCGGACUACAUGUUCCAGUUUGGACGCGGUGUUUUCAAUACGAUCACAGGCUUUUAUCCCGUUAUCAUUUGUUACAUGUAUAACAAAGAUAUGAUCAAUCCAAGCAGUUUGACUUAUUAUGUUCAAUGCGCUACACUAUUUAUUGUUAUUGCUUAUUCAACCAGAUUGGUUGGACGAAUGCUUGAUGUGGAGUACCGAAACUUUCUUGUAACAUGGGAAAAAGCGUGCAGCGAUAGAAAACCACCGGACAUUCAUGCUUUAAAACAAUACGACUUUGAAAUCAGUGGUGGAUUUAUCGAUUUUGUUGCUGCUCCAAAUGAAAAGCUAUGGUAUUAUGAACCCGAAGAGAACGAGCGUGCUUACAACAUCUUGUACAAGACCGUGGCCUAUUUUUGCGUUCACUCAUUCGGACGUCGCAUCAUGUAUCCGGGAUCGGUAGCUCUGCUUAACAUGGCCCUUUCAUCAGCUUUGGCCGAAAAUCGUAAAGCGCUGAUUACAAAAAAGAAUGGCGAACGGGCUUGGAUUAAAACAGCUUCCGGUGAUACAAUUGACACGAUGUUUUUGGACUUGAGGAAGUUCGGCGAUCGUGGGCGUACCUUGAUUCUUUGUUGCGAAGGGAAUGCGGGCUUUUAUGAAGUUGGAAUAGCUGGAACGCCCAUUCAACUUGGAUAUUCCGUGUUGGGUUGGAAUCAUCCUGGUUUUGCCGAAUCGACUGGAGUUCCGUUACCGAAAAACGUGUUGGCAGCUGCUGAUGCGGUAAUGCAGUAUGCUCUGGGUCCACUCGGGUUCUCCGUGGAAAAUAUUGUCCUGUUUGUCAAAUUUUGGGCCCGAGCACUGGUACUUGAUGCAACAUUUGAUGAUGUUCUCCCUUUGGCUACAGCCCGCAUGCCUGCUUUUGCCGAAGACAUUGUGAAAUGCGCUAUUCGAAAUCAUUUAAACUUACAAAUUGAUAAACACGUUCAUCGCUACAACGGAGCCGUGCGUCUAAUCAGACGUUUAAAUGAAGAAAUCAUUAUCACAAAGGAGCUUGGUACAGAUGAUGAAAGGCGUGCUAGCAAUCGCGCUAAUAAUUUGCUCAAGUCAAUCAUUCGACACCGCCACGCAGAACUGAUUCAUGGAUUAGAGCCUCAGAUUGAUGUCUGGCUAGCAAUGAAAUCCCAUCAAAGAGUGACUCUAAAAAGUUCGGAUUCACGAGUUCAACGACUGUAUGUUUUAUGUGAAUACUACUUCGUGGAUUUCGACGCAACUCACACACAACCAUUGAACCCUGAGUAUUUUAACAUUCCUUCACCGAUGCUCGGUCGC